AUGUUGUUUGUGGAGCUAUUGGCCAUGGAAGAUUUCCAAAUUGCCUUCUCUCCAUCAGGCCAUGGACUGAUGACGCUGAUUGUAUCUUUCCUGGUCAUCAACAAGGUCAAUUUGGCAUAUGAUCGAUACAUGAACUCCAGACAUGCCAUUGGCUGUGCACUGUUGGCUUGUCGGGAGCUCAACCAAGAGGUGUUGCUCUACACGCACGCUCUUCCACCCAGCCACAAGAAGGCUUCAGAGUGGCGUCAACAAACUGCGGUCAGGAUUCUCGAUAUGAUGGACUGCACCGUCAGGGUGGUCAAGAACACACGACAAGCCAAUUACCUGGCUCAGAAUGUGGAUGUGGAAUGGAAAACUGAUGAUGAUCCCCUUUUGCACGCACAAGCGAUUCGAAUGCAUCUCUACACUAUCAACGAUCAAAUCAUCUCGAACGACCAGAAUGAUGAGGACACUACUGUGGGAUUGGAAAUGUUCGAACGAAUGCGCAUGAUGGAUGCAUUGAAUGAGUUUGUCGUCAGCUAUCGUGAUUUGCUCAAGUGUGCUUCCACACCGCUGCCAUUUACCCUGGUCCAAAUGGGUCGAACGUUCUUGUUCAUUUGGACCUUCUCCAUCCCCUUUGUACUUAGAGGAGUAGUUUCAGAAAUCUAUUCUGCCAUGGGCUUUGUCUUUUUCCUCACAUACGGCUUUGUCGGACUCGAGUUGGUGGCCAUGAAACUCAUGAAUCCGUUUGGUGAUGGCCGUCAUGAUCUGAAUGUGACGGGUAUGAAAGAGGCUGUCGGCAUUGGAAUUGAAAAGGACAUGAGAGCAUUUGGGGAGGAUGCCAAACUGACGGAUAAGCGACAGGCAUAUAGUCGACAAAAGGCACGUCUGCCCCUCCAAAACAACAAUGCUUAUGCCAUUGUCGAGGCAACAUAUUCGGAUCCAUCGCCUCACCACUCUGCAGGCAACUUGUUGCAUAGCGGAAACUCCACGGAGAAUGUGUAUCACCCGAUGCAUUGA